UGCAUUGGUGGGGUGGCUGGCCGUGGUGGUGUGCUGUUGUCGUUGGUGGUCUACUCCGGUCAGCUCGUGUCGGUGCUUUGCGGAUCGUGGUGGUUCACCUUCACUCUGUUUAGGUUUAGAUCUUCAAGAGUAAUGACUUCAUCUUUAUCAACUAAAAGACAGAGAAGUGGAAACCAAAGGAGAGAAAAAGCUUUGGCCAUUGAACCUGCACUUCCUACUAGAAGGCUACCCUCAAUCGAAGAAGUUUUAAAUCAAACACGGUUUUUUGGCGAGCAUGAUCAUAUGAUUCAGUAUGGGAAGGCAUUUUACAAGAGGAAAAUCCUAACACCAAAGAUAAUGAAUUUUCCUUUCUUUGCACAAUCAGGUUUGUACUUUCACCAUCAUCUUCAAUUUCAAGGUUUGGAGGAAUUUGUAUGUAUGGAAUGUCCAUACUUUGAAGAUCUCAUAAGGGUAUUUUAUUCCAAUCUAAGAGUAGAAAAUGGUCACCUCUAUACUGAGGUUAAUAAGACAAAAAUUGAAAUGAAACCUGCUGAUUGGUUGACUAUAGCUCAUCUGAAGUAUCAAGGUCAAAAACUCUCAUUUCCUACCAUACCUGAUGACCUACCAUACAACCGUGAUAUGGCAUUCAGUGACAUGAUCAGACCAGAGUUGCAGGGUCAAAAUGCAAAGACUGUAGGUGCCAUGAAUGUUAAUGACAGACUUCUGCAUUAUGCAUUGGUGCAUAUCUUGAGUCCUCGGGCUACCAACUUUGCAAAAAUAAUGCAUGAAGACACUUUUAUGUUAUGGGCCAUGAAAAAUAACAUUUUGAUUAAUUGGCCUCAUCACAUAAUGCAACAUAUGAUGAAAUGUAAGGACAAUAAGAUGCCUCUUCCAUAUGGUAUUUUGAUUACUCAGAUCAUGGGUUAUUAUGGCGUCGAUUUAACUAUCGAUUCAUCUACCGUACUAGGUUGGACACACUACUUUGGUACAAAAUCCUUGAAAAAAUUAAAUAUUGUUAAUGUUAAUGGUGUAUGGCACCAUGGUGGGGCUAAUGAGGAUGAUGAACAACAACCUGAAGAAGAAGAUAUUGAGCAUGAAGAAGCAUCAGUACCUGACCACCGUGUUGAAGACAGUAGACCACAACCUCCGAUCCAGCAUGAUGCUCAAAUUCUUUCACAAAUUUGGGGAGGUAUUCAACAUCUGCAAGAAGGAUUAGCUAAUUUGAAUUUAACUGUCACCACAGGUUUUGAUAGGGUCACUGAAAGAAUUAACCGUUUGGAAGAAAGAUUUGACACCUUUCAGGACUCUUUCAAAUAGAUGAUAUUAUUAUUUUUAUUUCGAUUAUUGUAAUUUAAGUAUGUUUUUCGAUCUCAUGUUCGUAUACAUUCGGUUACAUCAAUUUUGUAUAUUUUUUCUUAACAUUUU